CUUCCCCCAUCUCGCUCCCGCGUUCCUCAGCGAGCCCCUCUAGCGACGUCGACGUCUCCUCGCCGGCAACCAGCUGCCACCCACGACCUCCCUCGCGAUCGGCGGCCACCCCGUCCUCCUCGAUCCCCCUCUCGCGCCCCGACAGACCUGCAAGGCCGGAGACCCUCUCGGCCGGCGGCCCACCCCUACCCAACGUCAGCCCUAGAGCGUUGGCUUGGUUAAUGUGAGCUUAUUGCUAAAGAUGGCAGAUAAUGGUAAAGCAAAGUCAGGAUCAGCAGGAGCCUAUACAAUCAAUUUAGAGAACUUCAGUAAGCGACUGAAGGUGUUCUAUGACCAUUGGAAUGUAAACAAUUCUGAUCUUUGGGGUUCUUCUGAUGCCAUUGCUAUUGCUACUCCACCUUCUUCCGACGAUCUGCGUUAUUUGAAGUCCUCAGCUCUGGAUGUUUGGUUACUUGGAUACGAAUUUCCAGAAACCAUUAUUGUUUUCACGCACAAGCAAAUACAUUUCUUAUGCAGCCAGAAGAAAGCAAAUCUCAUUGGAACCCUCAAGAAUGCUGCAAAUGAGGCUGUUGGUGCUGAUAUUGCCUUGCACGUGAAGGGUAAGAAUGGGGAUGGCAUUGACCUGAUGGAUGACAUACUGCAAGCCGUUUGUGCUCAGUCGAAAUCUGACACCCCAGUUGUUGGUCACCUUGCAAAAGAGGCACCUGAGGGUAAGCUUCUCGAAACAUGGGCAGAAAAGCUAUCUGGGGAAUCUGUACAGCUUAUUGAUGUCACAAAUGGCUUUUCUGAGCUUUUUGCUGUGAAGGAUGCCACGGAGAUUAUCUGUGUGAAAAAGGCUGCUUAUCUAACUUCAUCUGUAAUGAAGAACUUUGUGGUUCCAAACAUGGAGAAGGUUAUUGAUGAGGAGAGGAAAGUCUCACACUCCUCACUGAUGGAUGACACAGAGAAGAUUAUUCUUGAUCCUUUGAAGGCCAAGGUAAAGUUGAAGGCUGAAAAUAUUGAUAUAUGCUAUCCUCCUGUCUUCCAAAGCGGGGGGAAGUUCGAUCUUAAGCCAGGUGCCUCCAGCAAUGAUGAUUAUCUCUACUAUGACUCCGCAAGUGUUAUCAUUUGUGCAAUUGGAUCCAGGUACAGCAACUAUUGUUCCAAUGUUGCCAGAACAUUUCUGAUAGAUGCUACCCUGACACAGAGUAAAGCAUAUGAGACACUUUUGAAAGCCCAGGAAGCUGCUUUAGCAGCAUGUAAGCCAGGGAAUCAGAUGUGCGCAGUUUAUCAGGCUGCAGUUGCAGUCUUUGAGAAGAAUGCGCCUGAGCUACUUCCUAAUCUAACAAAGUCAGCUGGAACUGGAAUGGGCCUUGAGUUCCGAGAAUCUGGCUUAAACUUAAACACAAAGAAUGACCGUCUGAUAAAAGAGGGCAUGGUUUUCAAUGUAUGUCUUGGUUUGAGUAAUGUCCAAGCAGAAACAAACAAUGAGAAGACAAAACAGUUUUCUUUGUUAUUAGCUGAUACAGCUUUGGUUGGUGACAAGACAGUAGAGAUCUUAACAAAUUGCUCCAAGGCUGUUAAAGAUGUUGCAUACUCGUUUAAUGAAGAUGAGGAAGAUACUCCUAAGCCUAAACGGCCUAAGGUUGAGCCAAAUGGCCUGGAAGCAGUACCAUCCAAGGCGACACUUCGAUCGGACAACCAGGAGAUGUCCAAGGAAGAGCUCCGGAGACAGCACCAGGCUGAACUUGCUCGUCAAAAGAAUGAAGAGACUGCUAGAAGGCUUGCUGGGGAUGGUUCUGGUUCGGGUAACGGACGCGGUCCUUCUAAGGCUUCAAAUGAGCUUGUUGCAUACAAGAAUGUUAAUGAUGUGCCUUAUUCAAGAGAGUUGGUGAUACAAGUAGAUCAGAGGAAUGAAGCUGUUCUCUUGCCUAUUUAUGGCAGUAUGGUCCCUUUCCAUGUUUCUACUGUUAAGAGUGUGACUAGCCACCAAGACAACCGCACCUGCACCAUCCGCAUUUUCUUUAAUGUACCUGGCAUGCCAUUCUCAAAUGAUAACAAUCUGAAGUCUCAAGGAGCUAUCUACUUGAAAGAGAUCACAUUCCGAUCAAAGGAUCCACGGCAUAGCAGUGAAGUUGUUCAGCAGAUCAAAACAUUGAGGAGGCAGGUUGCUUCAAGGGAGUCAGAGAGAGCUGAAAGGGCCACCCUUGUUACUCAGGAGAAACUCCAGCAGGCAAGCACAAAAUUGAAGCAAAUGAGGCUUAACGAUGUGUGGAUACGGCCUGCAUUUGGUGGUCGUGGGAGAAAGUUGACAGGAACUCUUGAGGCUCAUGUUAAUGGUUUCAGAUAUUCCAAUUCAAGGGCUGAUGAGCGUGUGGAUAUCAUGUACGGGAAUGUAAAACAUGCUUUCUUCCAGCCAGCAGAAAAAGAAAUGAUCACCCUCCUUCAUUUCCAUUUGCACAAUCAUAUCAUGGUUGGAAACAAGAAAACUAAGGAUGUUCAGUUUUACGUUGAAGUGAUGGAUGUUGUUCAGACUGUCGGUGGCAGUAGAAGAUCGGCCCUUGAUCCUGAUGAGAUUGAAGAGGAGCAGCGUGAGAGGGAUCGGAAGAACAGAAUUAACAUGGAGUUCCAGAACUAUGUGAACAAGGUUAAUGACCACUGGUCGCAGCCACAGUUCAAGGGGCUUGAUCUGGAGUUUGAUAUCCCGCUUAGAGAGCUUGGAUUCCAUGGGGUCCCGUACAAAGCUUCAGCUUUCAUCAUUCCAACGUCAACUUGCUUGGUUGAGCUAAUUGAGACUCCCUUCCUGGUGGUCACACUCGGUGAGAUAGAGAUUGUUAAUCUAGAGAGGGUGGGCUUUGGAACGAAGAACUUUGACAUGGCUAUCGUGCUUAAGGACUUCAAGAAGGAUGUUCUUCGCAUCGAUUCCAUUCCAUCGACAUCACUUGAUGCAAUAAAGGAGUGGCUUGACACCACUGAUCUCAAAUACUAUGAGAGCAGACUGAACUUGAAUUGGCGUCCUAUUCUGAAAACUAUCAUUGAUGAUCCUCGGAAGUUUGUUGAUGAUGGUGGCUGGGAGUUCUUGAAUAUGGAGGGAAGUGAUUCUGAGGUGGAGGAAUCAGAGGAAUCAGAUCAGGGGUAUGAGCCUUCUGAUGCUGAGCCCGAGUCUGAAUCAGAAGAAGAUGAUUCCGACAGUGCGUCCUUGGUGGAAUCAGAUGAUGACGAGGAGGAGGAUUCGGAAGUAGACUCAGAGGAAGAGAAAGGCAAGACCUGGGAUGAGCUGGAACGGGAGGCAACCAAUGCAGACAGGGAUCAUGGUGCAGAAUCAGACAGCGAGGAAGAAAGAAGGCGUCGCAAGGUCAAGACUUUCAUCAAGCCCCGCCCAUCAUCGGAACGGGGCAACCUGACUAGCAUCAGCAAGCCUCGUCCACCAGAACGCGGUAAUGUUGGCGGUAGCAGCAAGCCUCGUCCACCAGAACGCGGUAAUGCUAGCAGCAGCAGCAAGCCUCGUCCACCACCAGAACGUAGCAGUGGCAUGAAAUCUCGUCCACCGCCAGAUCGGGGCAGCUCCAAGGGAGGGCCUUCAAAGAAGCCGAAGUUCAGGUGAUUUGUGUGGCGGAGUCACCCGUCUUGCUUGAGGUUGUGCGCUGAAUCUCUGCCCUUUUGGUUGGUUGUAUCAGAAGCCUUGUUGGCUCUUUCUCCAGAUCACCGCGAUGCUCUUUUUCAGCAGUAGUAUCAGAUAGUCGAAACUUUGUUGAAUUGUGUGUUGGAGGAUCUCAGACCUAUGUAUUGGUUUAAGUUGGUUCAUCAGUGUAUCCUCGGUGGUGUAGCAGCAAUGUUUUCUGCUAGAAAUGCUGACCUUAUUUUGUAUAAUGUCUGUUUUGUCAGAACCA